ACAUCAUUAACAGAUUAUUAAAAUAAACCGACAUAUGCAAUUUGGCAUAUGUUAGUGAUCUUCCCAAGAAUUAAUUGCGAGAUUGGUGCAUGCAUUUUUAAUUAGUUGAAGCUUAAGAUUCAAGAUUUUCCAGCUCUAAAAUGAACCUCAUCAAGCUACCUUUGGAUCUCCUUUUUUAGCUCUCAAGUUUCAGUAUACAUGUUGUCAAUCAUAAUUCAAAAAUAUCAAAAUUAGCUUGACAGAUUCAGCUCAGUUUUCAGUCUCAUUUUUGCACACCAUUAACUGGGUAUGUUCUCCAUUUCAUGAUGAUCCCCUGUUUUCUAUGUGAUUCUUGAAUUCUUUUGCAGUAGUCUAGCGAUCAUUAGUGAAAAAUCUUGAUAUUUUUUAUGUUUAUUUACCAAGAAAAUUAUGAAUGUGAAGUCCAUCAAGAUAUGCAAUUCUAUUCUCAUGUUUUUUCUCUUCUGAAUCUUUAGAUAACUAAGUAGAACAAACACUUCAUUCAAUCAACCAGUCCCGUUUCAGAAACGUUUCGGACCGAAACUUCAUUUUUACAUAAAAACCUUAAAAUUAUACUGUUUCGCCGUGUCGGUGUCCAAGUGUCCCGUUUCGCCGUAUCUGUAUUCAAGUAUCCCAUUUACCGUGGCCGUGCUACCUAGCUAAGAAGUAUGCUUUUAUUGUGUUUCUUUCACCAUAUGAUCCCCAUAAACAAGAAUUAAUACAUUUUUGUGUUGAGUUUUGAUUUCAAAAUUUUCAAUUUUCAUUAGAUAGAAGCUCCUAGAUUUGACUAAAAAUGGGAAAGAGAUUAUGCAUUCCGAAAUAUAGAUUGGGUAGAAUAAUGGGGUGGCUUCAGAUAAUCUUAGGAGGGCUAGUUAUUAUUAUAAGCAUAGCAAGUCUGUAUAAAUUCUAUAAGGCAGGGUUUUUUCUGCAUAAUGAAGAAAUUUGCCAACAUUUUUAUGGUGUAAAUGAUGCAUAUGAGGUGUUUGAUGUAAGAGCUUUGAGUGAUCGAAUCGGCGAAGUGCUCGAUAAGAUGGAAAAGUUACAAGAAAAACUAGAACAAACUGAUGUUUUGGAUAAAACCAACAUAACAAAACUAGAGUAUAAGAAGUUUUUAGAGCAAGAAGUGAUUAAACCUCUUCAUACCGCGAACCUCGCGCUUAGGCAGAUUCGACUACCUAGGAUUGUGAACGCGACAAUCGAGGAGGACCCUUUGAUUAAUACUUUUAUUGUAGAGGAGAUAAGAAAGUAUAUUACUCCAAAAGAAACUAGGAAUGCGAAGAUUAAUAUCUACGGAAUGGAGAAAGUGUAUAACACAAUCGGACAUGCUUGUGUUUCGAUGAAGAAAGAAUUCGAAGAGUACAUGGAAUAUGACAUUGGAUCUUAUUGUAAAGAUGACUGGAAUCUAGCUCAGAAGCUUAUGCUUAGUGGAUGUGAUCCCUUACCGCGGAGACGGUGCUUGGCGAGGGCUUCCAAGUUGUAUCAGAAGCCUUAUCCGAUCAACGAGUCCUUAUGGAGAUUGCCUGACGAUAGAAAUGUACGGUGGAGCAAUUAUCAAUGCAGGAAUUUCAAGUGCUUAGCCGGUAAGAAUCCGAAGAGGGGUUUCUCAAAGUGCACAGGCUGUUUCGAAAUCGAGAAUGAAAAGCUGAAAUGGGUUACCAACAGUUCACUUCCUGCAGUUUUUCUGAUCAAAGACGUUCUCGCAAUCAAGCCCGGAGAGAUACGAAUUGGGCUAGACAUCGGUGUGGGGACGGGGACUUUCGCUGCUAGGAUGAGAGAAAUGAAUGUCACUAUAAUCUCCACAGCACUAAAUCUCGGAGCUCCAUUUAAUGAAAUGAUUGCCCUGAGAGGUCUAGUUCCAUUGUAUUGGACAUUGAAUCAACGUCUUCCGUUUUUCGACAACACGAUGGACUUGAUUCAUACAACAGGAUUUAUGGACGGUUGGAUCGACCUGCUAUUGAUGGAUUUCAUUCUGUUUGACUGGGAUAGGGUGUUAAGGCCAGGCGGAUUGUUAUGGAUCGACCGAUUCUUCUGCAAACGGAACGAUUUGGAUGAUUAUAUGUACAUGUUUCUGCAAUUCAGGUAUAAGAAACAUAAGUGGGUUAUUUCUCCUAAGUCAAAAGAUGAGGUUUAUUUUUCUGCAUUGCUAGAGAAAUCUCCAAGAGCUGUCUGAUAUAUUUGUAGAGUGUUUAUUAUUACUGAAAGUUUUUGAUGUACACUCUAGGAAGUAUAAUUUAUAUUUAUAUUAUAUGCAUGUAUUUUCUGAUGAUAUGAGAAAUCAAAAAAUAAAAAGAAAGUAUCAUUUAUAUGUGA